UACAGCAGAGGGAGAAGAGAGAGGAGGAGAGAGAGCGGGAUGCUGACAGAUUCCUGAUAGAUGUUUAAAAUGGCGCAAGCAUGUUCGACCCCAGCGAGCCACCAAACUGUAGGCUAGUAUCGUAGUUCGGAACAUGUAAAAAAAAAAAAAAAAAAAAAAAAAAAAAAAAAAAGCUCACCCUGGACAUCUAUGCCUUUAUUUCUUCUAUUCAUCUCACGUUGUUUUCUGCAAGUAUUGGAAUAAUUUUCGAAGUCUUUAAAUGGCAACCACAAGGCACCGCCUUGUUCCAUGCUUUUUGGGAAUACUCCUAAAUGCUUUAAUCGGUGUGACAUAUGAAGCAGAGCUCUCCUUCACCCUGGAGCCCAGUGACAUCAUUGCUGUGCAGGAACAGCCCCUCAUGCUCCACUGCCAGGUGGACGGCAUCCCACCAAUUACGACGCAGUGGCGGCAGAACGGCCUGCUUUUGACUCAGAACCAGCAUCAUACCACCUUCAUCAAUGGCUCUCUCCUGAUUGGUCACUUUCAGAAGACCAAAUCUGACGGCACGUCUGACGAGGGCGACUAUGAGUGUGUGGCCCAGAAUUCUUUUGGGCUGGUGGUCAGCCGCAAGGCCCGCAUUCAGGCAGCCACCAUGGCAGAUUUCCAUGUCCAACCAGAGUCAGUGCAUGCUGAGGAGUCUGGUGUGGCCCGAUUCCAGUGCCAAAUCCACGGUCUGCCAGAGCCUGUCAUCAGCUGGGAGAAAGAUGGCCGUCCAGUAGACACCAAGGAUGAGAGGUACACCCUUCUGCCUACAGGUGUUCUGCAGAUCACAGGCGUGCGUCAGGAAGACAUGGGAAAGUUCUGCUGUGUGGCCCACAACAGUGCAGGAGUAAAACACAGUGCAGAGGCGCACCUCACUGUUUCAGGCUCUCAGUCAUCUGUUUACAAAGAGCCUAUGAUUCUGGUUGGUCCAGAGAACCUAACGCUCACUGUUCACCAAACUGCCAUCUUGGAAUGCGUUGCUACGGGAUACCCUCAGCCCAUCGUGUCGUGGAGCAGACUUGAUGGCCGUCCCAUUGGUGUGGAGGGCAUCCAGGUACUAGGCACAGGGAACCUGAUGAUCUCAGAUGUGGGGGUGCAGCACUCAGGGGUCUACGUGUGUGCUGCUAACAAACCUGGGACCCGUGUUCGCAGGACUGCUCAGGGACGUCUAGUGGUCCAAGCCCCAGCAGAGUUUGUGCAGCCUCCACAGUCCAUUGCACGGCCUGUCGGCACCACCGCCAUCUUCACGUGCCAAGCGCAGGGCGAGCCUGUGCCACAGCUCACCUGGCUGAAGAAUGGGCAGAUUCUGGAGCCUGGAGGACACGUCAAGCUCAGGAACAAUAACAGUACAUUGACGAUAUAUGGUAUCAGCCAGGAUGAUGAGGCCAUCUACCAGUGUAUCGCUGAGAACAGCGCUGGCUCCACACAGGCCAGCGCCCGCCUCACGGUGCUCUGGGCAGACGGACUGCCUGGUGUGCCCACACACGUGCAGGCAGAGGCCCUGUCACCCACCACCAUUCAGGUAUCCUGGAGGGAGCCCGAGCAGAACACUCAGGACAUCAUUGGCUAUGUGCUGCACAUCCGCAGAACCUCAGACCCACUGGAAAUGGAAUACCAGGAGGCAGUGAGUAAGGUGACGCUGCAGCAGGUCAUUGGGGAUCUGGAGCCCUCCACCAGUUACACCUUCUACGUGAAGGCCUACACAUCCCGCGGGGCCAGCAAACCGUCUGACAGUGCCACCGAGAGCACCCUUGGGGAGGUGCCAGCUCCCCCCUCCCUCUUCACCAAGGUGGUGAACAGCAGCGUGGUCCAGGCAGUGUGGGAGCCGUCCUCCAAGAUGGGCCAGCACCAGGGCUUCAGACUGUAUUACAGACGGGCCCACACUCCACUCUUCACUGGACCCAUUACCUUCCCUCGCAACACUACCCACUACAACAUCACUCAGCUGGAUCCUGCACUGGUCUAUGAAAUAAAGCUGCUCGCCUACAACCAACAUGGAGAUGGCAAUGCCACUGUGCGAUUUGUGUCACUUAGAGAGGGAGUGGAGAAAUCAGAAAUGAACACCCCGUGCGACUGUGUGAAAGACGAACAGAGCAAGACCUCCACCACAGGAAUCAUCAUCGGCAUACACAUUGGAGUCACCUGCAUCAUCUUCUGUGUGCUCUUCCUCAUCUUCAGCUACAGGGGGAGGUUAAUGAUGUGUAAGACAGUUCAGGCCACCCCCCAGGCAGGGCGCAGUGCAGUGCUCGAAUCCUCCUCCUCUUCCCAGGGGGCCUCCGGGCUCAACGGGGCUGCCAGGGGAGAGAUGGACGCCAAUGGCAGUGCAGGGAAGACGAUCGUCGACAGCAACGAGCUUGAAAGACUUUUCACUGGUGCCAGCACACAAGGCACAUGCAUGUCCGAGAACUCGCUCGUCUCGUACGCGCUGAAUGACACCCAGCUGUCCACGAUACCGCUAGACGAGUUCACGUUGGAGCAGGACCAAGGCUAACCACGUAUGAAGGCCAAUUCACAUGGCACUGUCCACAGUGUCCACGUAGACUCUUCUCUCACUCAGGUUGACAAGUGUUUCCUUUCAUAGUAGUGUUUCCUUUUGUGCAAAGAUUUUUUUUUUUGUUUGUUUGUUUGUUUUUGGUAAGUUAAGGUGGUUCUAGGAGAUGUAGGACUGGAUACUGGAGCGUUCUUGGCCUGGGAUCGGAGAGCUAUCUUCAGAUGGACAGCUACAUCUAGCUUGGCAGACCACUCAUAUGCUCUCUUUAUUUUUACAGUUUGGUACUUAAUUUUCUGGUUGCCGGCAGCACACAGAAUAGAGGCCCCAGAAUGUCCUUGUUUCACAAUGCUGAUUUUAUUUUAAGUUUAUAUAUAGUAUAUAUAAAUAUCACUUCUAUGUCAAAGUGGUUAUAAGUUAUUGGUCUUAUCUCUACUUUUCUGUGGAUGUCAAAGACUCCUGCUGCCUGCUCUCAGCCUACCAAUGAUUCCACCUUCUCAUCUACAGAAGACCUAGGCCUUCUUCCAGGGAUUUGAUAUAUUCUGUCUCAGGACUUUGUUUUCAGUGAUAUCAGCAUUUUUUAUUAGUUCUUGGCCUUCAUGCAGGCACUAGACUUGGCUAUGUGAACCUUAGGAUUCAACAAAAACCUACCUCAGCCGGAAUGAAUGUGUUGUGGGAAGCUUUUUGGGUCUGUACCUUCCCCUGUGUUCAAUUACUUUACAUGUAGAGGAACUGAUUGGUUAGUAAAUUACAAGAUCAGGCGCCGCACUACCUCAGAUGUCAAGAAUUGUCACUCUUCUCCUGCUUGUCAAGGUGAAAUGAAAAAAAAAAAAAAAAAAGAAUAUCCAACAUGAAGCACUUCCAAACGCUGAAGUUAAUGUUCUACCUCAUGAUAACAAUGUUAAUGUUGUCGCUGUUGUUGUUGUUGUUGUUUGUCUGUUUAUUGCAUAAUGAAAUAUCCCCCCUUGCCCCCUGUGAGAUCCUGGCUUCCCUCUGUUGAUGAAUAUGGUGUUUGUAGAUAUGUCAGUACCUCAUGCAAGUUGACAGACUGGUGACAUUGUUGUACGAAUUCUACUUGUAAAGACAUUUUAUAGAGCUCCAUAGUGCUUAAGUUUUUAA